GAAAUGUCUGUCAUUAAACCUUCCAUGGCGGCCUAGGAUUCAGAGUUCUUCGCAAUGUGACCUUAUGAUGGCAGAUAAUCCUGAAGAAAAUAUCAUGGAUGCCGAGGGUAACUAUAAAAAAAUCGACGUAGGCCGGAGCAGAUAUCCUUACUGCAUUGUCUGGACACCAAUUCCGGUGCUUACGUGGCUUUUUCCGUUCAUUGGCCAUAUGGGGAUUGCCAUGUCUUCAGGUGUAAUAAGAGACUUUGCUGGUCCAUUCUAUGUUUCAGAAGACGAUAUGGCCUUUGGAAGACCCACAAAAUAUUUACGUCUAAAUCCAGCAAAAGCUUCUAGUCUACAAAACAGCUGGGAUGUGGCCAUUUCAUCUGCAUCAGAGGAAUACAAACACAGAAUGCAUAACCUUUGUUGUGAUAAUUGCCACUCACAUGUUGCCAUGUCACUGAAUAUGAUGCAGUAUGAAAGGUCAUCCUCCUGGAACAUGAUUAAGCUUGCCUUUAACAUGUUUAUUUUUGGGAAAUUUGUCAGUUUGGGUGCAUUCCUGAAGACAUGGCUUCCAUUCACUGUGGUUUUAACUGGGAUAAUACUUCUUGUUGUUCUGAUUUGAAUGUCAUGGACAAAACAAAUAUAAGAGUGAUGUAAAUAUAAAUGUUAUGUUAGGGAUAUAACUUAUUAGUUUUUGCCUUGGAAAAUAUUCAAGACAGUGUUGUCUGGAAACCUUGUAAUGUCUUUCUGACAAAUCUAUAAUAAGUCAUGUGAUCAAUUAGUUAUCAUUAUGUUCAUGGAACAUUUGUAUUGGAUGGUGUAAAUCAUAAGCUGUUAUUUAAUAUAUGUAGUAGGUGUAUGUGUAUAGUUCUAGAACAGGUCACAAGAAGACAAAAGUAGUCUUAUCCAGGCUUUAAGAAUCAGUUUUCAAAACUGAAAGAAAGGACUAAUUGUUGAAAAUUGAGCUCGAGAACCCACUUUUUUUUCCCAUUUAAUAAAAGUAGUACUUAGUAAAUAUCCAGAGCUGUUGAAUGUUGAUGGUUAUCAAAUAAUUUAUAGGUCUUUCAUUGCUGUACCUCGUUUAAUCUUAGGAAUUGAUUAUUAUACUGGUCUGUGUUAUCUUUGUUUAAGAAAUAUAAAUAUUUCCAUUCAGUUAA